CAAACUUUCCAGUUAGGUCCUUUUUCAAAGUUUACAUUAUUUGCUGGAGCUACAAUAGAGUGUAUAUGCGAGACAUUGCGUUAUAUUGGCUGGUGAGUGUGACGAGCGAGAUGAAAAACAAAAGACACUCCGCCCAUCUAAACCUCUUUAUAUGAGCUCAGUGGUUCAAACGAUCUUUGUACUGUGACCCGAUCAAACGCAACAAUGAGGAGCUUCACCGUGGCAACAGCUUCAUUUCUCUGCUGCAUCAGCUGGAUCUCUGUCUCAGUGUCUCAGUCUCAGACUGUGGAGGUCCAGUCUGGUGAAGACGUCACACUGCUGUGCUCCAACAUUUCCAGAAGUCCAACUCAGACAGACUGGUUCAGACUGGUCAACAGAACCAAAGCCAGCUGUAUCUCCUCUAUGUACGAGUCUGAAAAUGAAGCUUCAUUCUGUGAUGGAUUUCAAAAUAGAUUUGAAAUGAGCUCCAACAUCUCUACUGUCUUUCUGAAGAUCAAGAGAGUGGAUGUAUCUGACUCUGGACUGUAUUUCUGUGGAUUUUACAAAGGCAAACAUACAGUCAUCACUGAUGCAAUACAUUUAAAUGUUCAAGGUAAUAAUGAAUCUGAUUAUGAAGAGGAUUGUAACUCUGAAGAAAUACCUGGUGGAAUGACAAACCUGAUGAGUGUGGUGCUGGGGGGUCUGACUGUUUUCCUCACUAUAGUCGUCAUUGUUCUGGCUGUUAAACUUCGGACAGCAGCAAAUGAAGAACCGCGUCCUGGAAAAAACAAGAAUCUGGGCUCUGAAGACCUGAAAUCUGCAGCAGCUCUGAGGCUCCUUUCAAAGACAAUGAGAAACAGGAGACCUGCAUCUGAGAGAGAAGUGGAAACUCAUGUUGUCUAUGAUGCCACCAGAUAGACUCAGGAAGCAACUGGAACUCAGUGGCGUGUGGUGAAACCACCAUCUCAAUGCGUAAUUCAGCUGUUUACUACAUGCAUGAAAGAAACCUUUCCUGUCUCAUGAUUAUGUGCUGCUGUCUUUCCUGUGCUGAAAGUCUCUCUUCUGCCUCUCGCUGCAAAGUAUAGAGAAAAAACUUGUGUGGUAAUCCUCAAACUAUUUACUAUUAACUGUCAAUGACAUACUUGAGUGACAGCGCAGAAUCUUGUAUUUUCCUGUCUCAAACUUCUGCAACUUAAGUCACAGUAGUCACACGUCUGAGAAGGCUGGAAGCUGAGUCAAGGGCAACUUGACCAGCACACUUGUCUGUAGCUAGCUAUAGCUAGUCGGCCAAUUAUCCUCAUUGCGCAAAGGUCCAAAGAAGCUGCACCCAUCUAUGCUCGACAAGCCCUUGUCAACGGGACAUGGACACACCCACAAAAAUUACAGAAAUGAGAGGCGCAACGGGCGAUAGUUACCCUAGCUUCCAGAGACAAUAGCAUACUGAGGCCACAAGAAGGCAGUAAAUUACAAGAUGAAUACAAACAGGCCAAAUCUGAUCCUUUCUGUGACAGUGUUGAUAUUGUUUCCACUUCCAAUAUUGAUUGAUUGUGAUUUUAGCCUUAACUGGUCAAGCACUGCUAGCCUUGUUUCCCCCUGACCGCACACCACUGCUGAACAUGCAACCUUGAGUAUUACUGAUGUUUUGUCUUUUUUAUCUGCUAUUUUGUCGUUCUGUGUGGGUGGUGGCAAAAAGAUUUUUUUGUAAUGAAGUCCCAAAAUAAAUUGAAAG